UUUCGGUGAUCCAACUCGCUCUACAGCCAACUACAUCAUGUAUUCGUGCGCCAAUUAUCCUCGCGGUUGCCGUGGCCGCGUUAAUAUCCAAGGAGGAAAAUGCGCCGAUUGUGUGCAACUGAAACUCCGUCGACCAUCAUCUACGUCCCCCUUUGCCCAGCCACGAGAUUACCGGAGAGCGUUGCCUUCGGAGAUCUUGAAUGACUCCCCUUACAGGGCGAUCGCUCGGGAACUGCUGUAAACCUGCGAUACCGUUUCUCAACCGAGAUGGCACGAAAGACCUCCAGGACUCCGACCGGAUAUCCAGGAUCCUGC